AUGUCGAAGAUCCACGUUGUCGUUCUUGUUGCUGCAGCAUCCGUCCUGAUGGCCGGAGUGCGAGUGCUGGCCCUCCCCUCGGACUCGGCCGAUGCCCACGCCGAGAUCCGCAGCUUUGUCAACGAGCUGAAGCAGGAGGAUGGCAGCUACAACUACCAGUUCGAGACGACCAACGGCAUUGCCCAGCAGGAGCAGGGAGUGGGCGGCUACUACGCCUCCGGCUCCUCUCAGUACUACAGCCCCGAGGGCCAGCUCAUCCAGCUGACCUAUACGGCCGACGAGAAUGGCUUUCAGCCGCAGGGCGAGCACCUGCCCACGCCACCACCCAUCCCGGAGGCCAUUCUCAAGUCGCUGGAGUGGAUCCGCAACCACCCAGAGGAGAACGAGGAGUACGAGCACCACGACCAACACGACCACCACGGUCACGGCCAUGGUCAUGGCGCCGAGCAGGGCAAACAGUAUCUGCAGCAGGGACAGUCGCAGCAGCUGCCAGUGGGCUCUCUGCUAGCUCCGGCCUCAGCGCCGGCAGCAGCUUCUGGUCUUCCCUACGAGAGGAAGAUUUAA